AUGUCUCGUGACCAACUGAGACGAAGAUCCUUCCCUAUGAAUCUGAUAAACAACAGCUUAUGCUCACUCAAUUCACAAGAUUCCCUUCAAGCUGGAGGAGACUCUGUGGCAGAGUUCUUUAUCAAUCUCAGGUUUACCGAUAUUUUUGACCUUCCUGGUGAAUAUUUUCAAAUGAUUCCAGAGAUGUUUAGCGCACUGAGUGAUGGGGACAAAGAAUGGCUUGGGAAAUUGAGAAGCCAUGGAACACUGCUGCCUGCUGGCAUGUUUCAAGAACGAUCGAGGAGAUUAUAUUCUUCGUCUUGCUGCUACAUGGGGUCUGGAACGAGUGAAGAGCAUUGUCUCACUCUUUCCAUGUCUUCUAUUGGAGCCAAACUCAAAGGCUCAGCUUACAAUCCAUGUGGAGGCUCGUGCGGGUCAGUCAACUAUUGUUGA